CCAACCAAAAAAAACACACACACAUUUCAUUUCACCACUUUCCCUUUCAAACACACACAAAACCAGAUUUUCUUAAACUCCAACAAGCUUAAUUUAGUUUUUUGUUGCACUUCCAAAUUAACGAUGGACAAACUUGACAAAUUCAAACUAGCAUCAUCAUCAUUCACAAAACAACUAAUCACAAACAGCAAAACUUUAGGAUCAAAAGUAAAAGAAAUUUUACAAACCCCAACACCAGAAUCCAAAUUAGUUGAUGAAGCAACACAUGAAACAUUACAAGAACCAAACUGGGGUUUGGAUUUAAGAAUAUGUUCCAUGCUUAAUAACCAAACAUUAAAUGGGUCAGAAUUAUUAAAAGCCAUUAAGAAGAAAAUAAUUGGUUCUAAUAAUGUUGUUAGCCAAAGACUUGGUCUUGAUUUGUUGGAAAUGUUAAGCUCUAACUGUGAUAAAGUUUUCUCAGAAAUUGCCUCUGAAAAAGUACUUGAUGAUAUGGUUGAGAUGAUUCUUGAUCAGGGGUGUGAUGAUCGAAAUCGGACGAAAGCGGUUCGGUUGAUUCGGGGUUGGGGCGAGUCAGAUGAGCUUAUGUAUUUGCCUGUAUUUCGGCAGACUUAUUUGAGCCUGAAGACUAUCAGGAUACCUGCAGCACAACAGGGUGGGAACUUGAGUCCUAUGCAUCAAACUAUGGGCUCCCUGUUUUCUGAACAACCUACGGCACCCACUAAUAGAUACCCUAUGCCAGAUUUGGAUUUGAUGGGGAUAGAAGAUGAUGUUGCUCCAUACACGUAUGCUGGCCAAUCUGUCGAACAAAAGAAAGAACUGCUGUCAGCUGGCAGAAACAGCCUCGACCUUCUAUCUAGCAUACUCGACUCAGGAAUGGAGCCUAUACCAAUUAACGAUGAGCUUACGGUUAGCAUGUUGGAAAAGUGCAAGGAAGCUCUGCCGAUGGUUCAGAGAAUAGCAGAAACAACCACCGACGAUGAUAUACUUCUCUUUGAAGCUUUGAAUCUGCACGGAGAGCUUGAAAAAGUGAUUUCAAGAUGUGCAGUAAUCAAACAAAUAGUGGAAUCCAAGCCUUCGAAAGAAGAUACCGUGAAACCUGAAAAUACCACCCCACCUCCACUAACUGUAGAGGAAACCACUUCAAGCAAUGAAGCCAAAAAAGGAAGUGUAUCUGCACUGAUCCAUGAAGAGAAUACCGAGAAGGAACAAACUGUUUGAAAUACAUUUGAACCUGUGUUACUUCCAGGUUCAUUUAAUAAUCAGUAGAGUUUUAACCUUCACUUAAAAAUCCUAUCAAAUAAUUAUUAUGAACUUAUUACUUAAUUAGUAUUAGUAUGUAUCUUGUCCA